CAUUCAUGAAAUCAAAUAAAAAAAUCAAAGUACAAUAUCAAGUCAACAAAAAUAUCUAAAAUUGAUAGGAUUUUAAUACUUUGUUUACUUUCUAUUGUAAUUUAAUGAAUGAGUAAGAAGAAAAAUAGUGAAUAGAAUAUAUUGUACAUAUUAUUUGAUUAUUUUAGUUGUGACUAUUUAAUCUGGUACAGAAACCACUAACCGGAAAAAUGGCCAUGUCACCUGGCACGUCUUGGGAAGAACUGAGGAAGCAAGCUCGUCUACUAGAAAAUGACAUUGAUGUAAAAUUAGUGGCAUUUAGUAAACUCGGUAUGAGCACUGCACCCAGCCUUAGUUCAGAGACUGCUCCUCUGAUCAACAGUGAAGACAUGUUUGAUACUAUGUCUAUGGAAUUACAACAAUUAUUGAACAAGCUUUCGUCAAUUAACGACAAGAUGGGAGAUAUAGCUCCGAAUGGGGCUGCUACGAUGCACACAAUAAAAAGACAUAGAGAAAUCCUUAUGGAUUACCAACAGGAGUUCACAAAGACGUCGGCUCGAGUAAACGCCCGACGGGAACGUGAGGAGUUACUACGAGGCGGCAGUCCUCCGCCCUCAGCAGGGCUCAGUCGCCGCGAUCAGUACACCAAGGAGGCCAAUCACUUACACAGUUCUCAUAUAAUGGUAGAUGAACAGAUCAAUAUAGCGAUGGAGGCCCGUGAGCAUCUCGCGUCACAGCGGCAGACCUUCAAGCGGAUGCAAACACGGUUCAAUGACAUUACGAACAGAUUUCCAAUGCUGAAUAGCCUUAUGUACCGGAUAAACGCACGCAAACGGCGCGACUCGCUAAUAUUGGGGAUCGUGGUCGCCGUUUGCACAUUCCUGCUUCUAUUAUACGCAUUCCAUUGAUUAGAACAUAAACUUACGUGAUAAUAUUAUAUAUUGAAGUAAACUGUGAUCGAUUAUGAAGUAUUGUUGUCGAAAUUUCCUUUAAAUUCUAUUUUAGAGAAUGUUUUUAACAAUCGGUAUUUAUACCCUAUUAAUUUAGCUGCGAGGUUAAACAAAUGCCUCAAAACUAGAUAUUAUCCACUAACGAUUCGAAUCCACACUGAUGCUGUAAUUACAGAUAUUUCUCAUAAAAAACCAUACAGUCCAUAUUACUUGUUGAUAAUAUAGCCUUAUAAAGUCUACAUAAUCAAGUAUUUUACGGGUUAAUCCAUUACAAAUAAAAAUAAAUCUUAUCUUUUUAUAGAUAUAUCAGUUUAUAGUAAUUGCAGAAAACGUGAUUUCUUUAAUAUCUUUCUAUUGUGUAUAACUUAUAAAAAAAAGCUUAAAAAAAAUAUAUAAAUGUUUUUUAAUUAUCAGUUAACAAAAAUAUUUUCUAUCACUGCUAAAUUAUAAGAUAGCAUGAUUCUCUAACAGUGAAUUUUUAGGACAUGUAAUAUAUUUAAUCAUUAUAGAAUCGACACAGUCUGUCCUAUGUAUGUUUUUCUUUUCAUGUGGCAUAUAACUAUACAACUUUAUCAUGUCCUUUUUUUUAUCGUAAUAUACAAUACAGAUAUCAUCUGUUAACAUGAAAACUUAAAGCAUUUUUAUUCUAUUUGUCAUUUAUAUAAAGGUCCUGUUGUUUCAGUAAUAAAAAGACAAAAACGAAGGAUUGCUGGAGAAAUAUGCCACUCAAAGAAAAACAGAAUUUAAGGUGGUUAUUGAAACCUUAUAUUUUCUAUAUUGGUAUCAUUGGGGAAAUAUAUUAAUUGAUAUUGUUGUGUAAAUUAUAUUAUAUAACAUAAUUUGAAUCAGCCAUUUCAAAAAUGGUCAAAUAAAUAUUUAAUAGUGGUUAAGUAAAUAAUUUUAAUAAUUUAAGUUUCGGCUUACAUUAUAUUUAUAAGUUAAAAGAUUGGAUUUUUAAAAUAAAAACUUAUUUACAAUACUUGUUGUUUUGCUGUAAAUAAAACAAUACUGUAUUUUAAAAGUGUAAUAGGCGAAGACUUGUCCUAUGCAAAUUCUUACCCAAAGAUUUUUCAGCAAUAUUUAAAGUUCCAUAUAUUUUAU